AUGCCCACUACAGAUGAAGAACUUAAAGCUGGACGUAAGAAAAAACAGCCUAAAGACUUCCGUUUAAUUAAAAGGUAUGACGUGCUAGUUGUACAAGGAAAAACUAAACUUAUAUUUCCAGUAAAAGAUGACAAUGUUGUGCUGUAUUAUGUGCCCAACAGUGAUCUCUUUGAUGUUUUACAAACCACACACCUGUCAAUAGGACACGGUGGGCGUGAUCGAACGAUUAAGGAACUUGAUAUUUUCACGUUGCUUGGAGCUCCUACUAUUUUACAAUCGGAUAAUGGACGAGAGUUUUUGAACCAAAUAGUAUUUAAUUUAAGAAACGUGUGGCCUGAAUUAAAAAUAGUACAUGGCAAAUCGAGGCACAGCCAAUCUCAAGGUAGUGUAGAACGUGCUAAUCAGGAUAUUGAGAAUAUGUUGACGACGUAG